UAAGUGCUCUCCACUCGUGGCGUCCACUCACUCAGCUGGCGAGUGUGGUGCUCUGCUGCUGAUGGAUGCAUAACAAGCAGCAGCUUUGAGCUGAAUCGCCUCUGCUCAGCUGCUUCCAUCCACUCUCUGUCAGUCUGUUGAUGCUAGCUGCUGCUGCGUCUGACGCGACGAUGUUUCGGGCCGUGCUGUUCGGUGUGGUCGGCCUCUUGCUGGCGUGCGCGGCGUCGGCCGUGGACGGCGGCGACAGGAGGUCGUACAUCGUCCAGAUGGACGCGUCGGCGAUGCCAUCGCCGUUCGUGGAGCACGAGGGGUGGUACAUGUCGGUGCUGUCGUCGCUGGCGGCCGCGACGGGCGAGGGCGCGCCGGAGCACCUGUACACGUACACGCACGCCAUGCACGGGUUCAGCACGGUGCUCACCGCGCGGCAGCUGGAGGAGCUGAGAAGGACGGAGGGGCAUGUGGCCGCGUUCCCGGAGACGUACGCUCGGCUCCACACCACGCGCACGCCGGAGUUCCUCGGGCUGAGCGGCGGCGCGGGCGUCUGGCCGGCGUCCAAGUACGGAGACGACGUGAUCAUCGGGAUCGUGGACACGGGCGUCUGGCCGGAGAGCGAGAGCUUCAGUGAUGCUGGCAUCCAGAGGCCCGUCCCGUCGAGGUGGAAGGGCGCGUGCGAGGCCGGCGCGGCGUUCAAGGCCUCCAUGUGCAACCGGAAGCUCAUCGGGGCGCGGUCCUUCAGCAAGGGCCUGAAGAAGAGCGGCCUCACGAUCUCGCGUGGCGACUACGACUCGCCGAGGGACUACUACGGCCACGGCUCGCACACGUCGUCCACGGCGGCCGGCUCCGCCGUCAAGGGCGCCAGCUACUUCGGCUACGCCAAUGGCACGGCCACCGGCAUCGCUCCGAUGGCCAGGGUGGCCAUGUACAAGGCCGUGUUCUCGGCCGACACACUGGAGUCUGCGUCCACCGACGUGCUGGCAGCCAUGGACCGAGCCAUUGCCGACGGCGUCGACGUGAUGUCGCUGUCCCUGGGAUUCCCAGAGACGUCCUAUGACACCAAUGUGAUCGCCAUUGGAGCCUUCUCCGCCAUGCAGAAGGGCAUUUUCGUGACGUGCUCCGCUGGGAACGACGGUUCCGACGGGUACACCAUCAUGAACGGCGCGCCCUGGAUCACAACCGUCGGCGCGUCGAGCAUCGACAGGGACUUCACCGCGACCGUCACGCUCGGCAGCGGUAGCGGUGCGAGGAGGAUCCAGGGUAAGUCGGUGUACCCACAGAGCACAGCGGUCGCCGGCGCAAACCUCUACUACGGCCACGGCAACAAGAGCAAGCAGAAGUGUGAGUACUCCAGCCUCAGUCGCAAGGACGUGAGUGGCAGGUACGUCUUCUGCACCGCCGGCGAGAGCGUCCGGCAGCAGAUGGACGAGGUGCAGAGCAACGGCGGUCGCGGCGCCAUCAUCGCAAGCGACAUGAAGGAGUUCCUUCAGCCGACGGAGUACACCAUGCCGCUGGUGCUGGUCACUCUGUCGGACGGCGCGGCCAUCGCGAAGUACGUGACGGCGGCGGCGACAAGAGGGGCGCCUAAGGUGAGCACCCGUUUCGUCCUGACGGAGCUCGGCGUCAAGCCGGCGCCGACCGUGGCGUACUUCUCCGCCCGCGGGCCGAGCCAGAUCAGCCCGGCGAUCCUGAAGCCCGACGUCGUCGCGCCGGGGGUGGACAUCCUCGCAGCGUGGGUGCCCAACAAAGAGAUCAUGGAGCUCGGCAAGCAGAAGCUCUUCGCCAAGUACAUGCUCGUCUCCGGCACGUCCAUGUCGUCACCGCACGUCGCCGGCGUGGCCGCCCUGCUGCGGUCGGUGCACCCGGACUGGAGCCCGGCGGCCAUCCGGUCCGCCAUGAUGACGACGGCCUACGUGAAGGACAACGCCAACAACGUCAUCGUCAGCAUGCCGAGUGGAUCACCGGCAACGCCACUGGACUUCGGCAGCGGCCACGUCAGCCCCGACCAGGCAAUGGACCCUGGGCUCGUGUACGACGUGGCAGCCGACGACUACAUCAGAUUCCUAUGUGGCCUCCGCUACAGCAGCCGUCAGAUAGCAGCCCUCACCGGCCGGCGAAACCCCAGUUGCGCCGGAGCAAACCUUGACCUGAACUACCCGUCCUUCAUGGUCAUCCUCAACACGACCAACUCGGCCACCCGGACGUUCAAGAGGGUACUGACCAACGUCGCGGGCUCGCCCACGAAGUACAGCGUGUCGGUAACCGCACCGGCGGGGAUGAAGGUCACGGUGGCGCCGCCGGCGCUGUCCUUCGGCAGCAAAGGCAGCAAGCAGGCGUUCACAGUCACGGUGCAGGUCAGCCAGGUGAAAAGAGGCUCAGAUGACGACAGCUACAUUGGGAAUUAUGGGUUCUUGAGCUGGAAUGAAGUUGGAGGGAAGCAUGUUGUCAGGAGUCCAAUAGUAUCAGCAUUUGCCCAAUGAGGAAGAAACUGUUAGCACAGCUGGAGCAAAAAUAAAAGCAUGACCAUAGAAGACACUAAACAUAAAUAACCCUGAUCAGAAAGAAACAUACCCUGAAGAAAGGUGGGGGAGGGGGGGGGGAUCCCACCAGACACCCAAUUACUACUGUUGACAAGUGUAUCUAUACCCUAUAUUUAAAUUAUAGAUUUAUCAAAGCUUUUCUCA